UGCCAACAUCAUUGCGAAGGACUUUGCAAGAAGGUUUUACUAAGUCCGAUUGAUGGACCUUGUCCACGCUUUCCCCUUUCUAAUAUUGCCUACUCCAGUGUCUUUAAUUGGCAGUCUUGGUACCUAGAAAAGCACUACUAAUAUGUGGAUUUUCUAUUCAUAAGUUCGCCUCCCAAGUUCCCUGCGGUCUAAAGCGAAGUAUCUGUGUCAUUUAUUUAUCUAUCAGUUAACCGAUUGGAUACUCAUCGACCUCCUUAAUACGCUAUCACCCUGCUGUCAACUUCCGCGGAGCUACCGUAUAAAAUCACCCCAGGCGCCACGAGACUGGAUCUCAUAUUUUAAAUGGAUUCGCGUGCGGUUGUAGACAGCGAAACCUCGGAUAAGUAUUUGCGAAUUGCGUCCAUCUCCAUUGCAUUGUACGAUUAUGUGAUCACACUUCCCGCAGAAUGGCGGUUUUACAGAAGUCAAUCCUCAAUUUUUCAUCUCAGUACUGCCUGCGUCUUAUUCAUCCUCAUACGCUAUGUCAGUAUCGUAGUCAUGCUAGUCAGCAAUUACGGAGACUUCGCCACCAACUUCACCCAAGAAACUUGUCAACAUUACUACAUGAUAGCGCCUAUCUUCAAAGUUUUACAAACGAUGGUAUCGCAAGUCAUCCUUGGGGUCAGGACAUGGAAUAUUUCAAGGAGAAACAGGCGGGUCGGAAUUACUCUAGCGCUGUUAUUCUUCACCUCAAUUACGCUGGAGUGGUUCACCAAUAUGUUUGACCGGAUCCCCGUUGUUGUUGAUGGAAACUGUACCCCAGGGAAUUCUGGAAAAACAUUGUCCGCCUGGCUUUACUACGUCAUUGCGAUGAUGUACGAUCUCAUGAUAUUGGCGAUUUCCACCACGCAUCUUUUGCAAUACGAUAUUCUCAGCAGCAGGCUAGAACGAGUAGUACGGGUCCUGAUAUUUGAUGGCAUUGGAUAUAUGGUUGUGCUGACAGGGUCGAAUAUAUUGAACAUAUCGGCAGGGGCAUCAGUAGGUUAUGCUGUAACAUGGAUCAUGAGCCAACGAAUUCUCAUUCAUUUACGAGAAAUGCAAGAAGUCCCACGUAUGGAAAGUGUGGUGCUCGCACGUCCCGCACAAAGUGCGAGGAACGUGAUCACCGGUUUUCGCUCUAAAAGCGAUGCUGACUUCGUGACAUCGCCGCGUAAUACGCACACCAACAAUGGCGUAGAGCUCGACAUACGCGUACACGUCGAGCGCUCGGUGGUCGUAGACUACACGAAUGGAUCCGAGCAUUCGAAUCCUUGGGAUAAAGUGGCAAGAUGAAUCUGGAGGGUCGCUAACAGCGUCUAUACCUAUCAAGUGAUACUAGGUGAUGCAC